AUGGAUGUGCCUCUGCCUUCACAGUCCAACCGUGCUGGAUGCAAUGGAAGCGUCGGCAGCCCGUCGGAUGAUCCAUAUGGCGUUACGGCCAUGAUGAACUUUGAUGGGUACUCAGAGCUCUGCGGCAGCCCUUCGUUAGCUGACCAGCUGUUCUCGUUGCUGAACGACUCGUCAACACACCAGAUGUUUGCUAUGUGGUCAUCCUUGGGCUCUUCGCCACGUGCUUCUGGUGUCAGUGAAGAUAUGCAGCUCGAUGCCUAUUCCAGUGUACCUGGGGAUCAAAAGGUUGAUUUGGUAUCUUCGGUGAAUCCAGCUGAAAAUGGGACCGGGAGAAUGGCCAAGAGUUCAGGCGACCUUGGCUCAGAUGGUGAUCCCGAGCAAGGAAGUACUAGCGUGGUUCCGAGGCCUAUUGCCGGCAACUUACUCGCUGACAGGAUGCUCAUGGCUCUGUCUUUGUUCAGGAAGUCACUUGGCGGCGGUGUUCUUGCGCAGGUUUGGAUGCCUGUUGAGCAGGAGGGGCAUGUCGUGCUUAGUACAUGUGAACAGCCGUUUCUGCUUGACCAAGCUCUUGCUGGGUACAGAGAAGUAUCCAGGCAUUUUGUGUUCUCUGCUAAGGAGGAGACCUGCCUUCAACCAGGGCUUCCAGGGAGGGUCUUCAUCUCCGGUGUGCCAGAAUGGACCUCAAAUGUGCUCUACUACAGCAAGCCAGAGUAUUUGAGGAUGGAGUAUGCUCUUCACCAUGAAGUUCGAGGAUCACUUGCAAUGCCGAUAUAUGACCCUAGCAAGGGCUCUUGCUGUGCAGUGCUUGAGCUUAUCACAAAGAAGGAGAAACCUGACUUCGAUGCAGAAAUGAACAACCUUCGCCAUGCAUUGCAGGCUGUGAACUUGGAGACAGCAAAAGAUUGUAUCGAUCAGAAGGUUUAUUCAGCAAAUCAGAAAGCCACCUUCACUGAGAUUUUGGAUGUUCUAAGAGCUAUUUGCCAUGCACACAUGCUUCCUUUGGCCCUUACAUGGGUCCCUUCAUCAAAUGGCAGUGAUGGUGGUUAUGUUGGACAUGAUAAUGUCCUUGAUUCUCAGUCAGGAAAAGCGAUACUCCGCAUCCAUGAAUCAGCGUGUUAUGUUAAUGAUGCAAAGAUGCAAGGUUUUUUUCAUGCAUGCACUGAAACUCACCUUGAGAAAGGGCAAGGUAUUGCAGGCCGAGCACUCAAGUCCAAUCUGCCGUUCUUCUCUCCUAAUAUAAGAGAAUACGGAAUUAAGGAUUACCCACUCGCACACCAUGCUCGUAAGUUUGGUCUGCAUGCUGCUGUAGCAAUCCGGCUAAGGAGCACAUACACUGGUGAUGAUGACUACAUACUAGAAUUCUUUCUACCAAUCAACUGCACAGGCAGUGAAGAACAACAGAUGUUAUUGAAUAACCUGUCCAGUACUAUGCAAAGAAUAUGCAAAAGUUUGCGAACAGUUUCUGAAGCAGAGGUUGAUAAAGUUGACGCUUGUACUGCAGUAAUGUAUAAGGCAACCAGUGGAAGUUGCUUGCCUACUGGUCAGUCUGGGAGUUCUUCACAUGGUGAUCAACCUGCCACAGAAGAGGCAUUCCAGGAUCUAUCUUUAAUUGAUAAGCAAGGGGACAUGUCCGAGCAGGCACAGUCUAGUUCAAUGCGACUUGCGGAGAAAAAGCGCAGUACAGCGGAGAAGAAUAUUGGCAUGGAUGUUCUCCGUAAGUACUUUUCUGGGAGCCUAAAGGAUGCUGCAAAGAGCCUCGGUGUUUGUCCAACAACCUUGAAACGGAUAUGCCGCACACAUGGAAUUUCGCGAUGGCCAUCUCGCAAGAUAAACAAGGUCAACCGUUCGUUAAAGAAGAUCCAAACUGUCAUUAACUCGGUUCAUGGAGUGGACAGUUCUUUGCAGUAUGAUCCUGCUACUGGAUCUCUUGUUCCAGCAGUUUCUCUGCCAGAGAAGACUUCAUUCCCUUCGUGUGAUGCUGUGUCCAGUCCAUCCGUUGGGAAAACUGUGGAUGAAAAAUCUGGCCCAAAAUCUGAGCAAGGGUAUUCGUCACCUGAAGGAUGGGAAAGAGAUAGCUGUCAGUUGCAGCGCCCUGAUGCGCAGAAAGGGGAAGGCGAUGAAUUUCACAUGCAGACAACUAACUAUAGUGGCAGUGGUGAUCACGGCUCUUAUGGUCCGAAUGUCACACAUCAUAUUAUUUCUGAAGGAACACAAGGACCAUUAUAUCCCACUGGUGCUGUUAGUGCUUUACAUGACAAAGAAACAGGUUGCAUCGAACCUUUGCCCUGUGUCCUCCCAAGCAUCAAGACUACCAGGGACCAAAUAGUGGGAAGGAACUCACCACCCAUGCAACAAGCAGAUAUUGAUAUGUUUGAUGAUCGCGAAGGCAGGGAGCAUACUCAUCCUUCUACCUCUGGUAUGACAGACUCUUCUAGCGGCAGUGCAUCAAGCCACCCUACAUUCAAGAAGAACCCAGCACGCCCACUUAAGGACAAGAGCAGCCCUGCACUUACGGUCAAGGCGACGUACAAUGGAGACACCGUGCGGUUCAAGUUCUUGCCAUCGAUGGGCUGGUACCACCUGCUGGAAGAAAUAGCCAAGAGGUUCAAGCUGUCGACCGGGGUGUUCCAGCUCAAGUACAAGGAUGACGAGGACGAGUGGGUCAUCAUGGCGAACGACUCCGAUCUCCAGGAGUGUGUCGACGUCAUGGACUCGAUGGGCACGCGAAACGUGAAGCUCCAGGUCCGGGAUCUCCCGUGCCUCAUCAGCAGCUCGGGCAGCAGCAGCUGCUUGCAGCUGGAAGGACACAAUUCAUGACACGGUGAGGAAGUCUAAAAAAGGAUCUUUUCUUACCCUCAACUGUAUCAUACUGUGGUAGGUGUAGUCUACGCUGUGUAGCAACAGGGUUUGGUAGUCUGUACUGUACGCGUGUAGCGUGUUAUGUAGCGGCAAUGGCGAACAGGAAGUGUAGCGAUCGUCGAAUGUCAUGGAGGUCCCUGAGAGGAUAUCAUGACAAUAAUCUGUUGUCAUGAGGGUCUGCGGUGCCUGGCUGCCAAUGUAUCGAAAACUCGAACUCCUGGCUGUGUUAUGCAUGCCGGAGGAAACCAAUGAAUGUUUCUGGACUUCCCAUGGUUCCAAA